AUGACUACUCUCCCCUUUCCACUGAUCGAGGACAUCGGGGAGUUGUACAUGCUCGAUGACAUCUACGAUUUCCUUGGCGAAGGCACGUUUGCCACCGUCUUCAAGGCUGUUAGCACAAUGAAUCGCGAUGUCGUUAAGGAGAAUGAGACGGUGGCGCUCAAGAUGAUCGCCAAGCGGAACCUCUCCAGCGACAAGCUUGUGCGUGAUGUCAUCAACGAGGUACAUGCUCUUCGCCAGACGGCGCAUCCAAAUUGUGUGCGCUUUAUUGAGUGUGUGCAGACGCCACUCUACGUCGUCAUUGUCACGGAAUAUGUCGAGGGCGUGGAGCUCUUCCAGGCCCUCAAGGAGCAGAAGUUCACGGAGGCGAUGGUGCUGAGUGUAAUGCGGCAGCUGCUAAGCGCGCUCGCCUACCUGCACAACACACUUCACAUUGUCCACCGCGACGUCAAGCCCGAGAACGUCAUCAUUACAACGCAGGAGACUCCGUUUCGAGUCGUUCUCGUGGACUUUGGACUUGUCCGCAGCUGCGAGCGGCAGCGGCCGCGCAUCUCGCGUGAGUUAGCCACGCACUUCCAGCGUCAGCGGUCGAUGCCGCUGCCAAACAUGUCGGUCGAGUCACUGGACUGUGACAGCCCGAUGCUGGCGACGCCGUGCGGCACGCUCAAGUACGCUGCCCCGGAGACAGUGCAGUCCAUCACGCAGAGUGCCCAGCUGUCCACGACAAAGAAGUUACUCUCUCGCCUCGACGUGUACGCUGCAGGUGUCAUCAUGUACGUUAUGCUGAGCGGCGCGCUGCCCUUCAAGAACUUUGCCAAUAAGGCAAACUUAGUGAUGGAAAUGCGCAACUCGCUCAGCUUCGAGGGACCUCGAUGGGCCGGCAUCAGCGCCGAGGCAAUCGACCUCAACAGGGCACUUCUUAACUUCGACGCUGUCUCCCGACCACGAGCGGCGGAGGCACUGCAGUACCCAUGGUUUAAGAUCUACGGCAGCUCCUUGCUACCUAUGUCAGCGGAAGAGGCACAGCCGACACCAGGUAACCCGUUGGAGUCGAGUAUCUGUGAGCGUGGGGCGAUGACGCAAGCCUUCGAGGCGAUGCGUGACACCGAGGCAGCGAUGUAUUACAGCGAGGAAGAGACAACAACGACAUCGGGUCCAGUGGCCAGCCACAAUGGCUUGCGUACGCCGAACAGCCGGUGCGUUAGCGUCCCAUUCGGCACCAAUAUGGCGGCUUUCGCGAGUGGCAGCAGCACCACGACAGCCUCCCGGACAGCAGAGUCCGGUUAUUUUGACUUUGCGUGA